GGCUCUUAGCUCAAGGAAUAAAGCAAGUCUAUGGAAACAGGUCAAUCUCGUGUUUGCUCAGCAUUUCCUGGGCGCAGUCAGGCACUCAUCUCUGUAUCCACAAGUCCUUCCUGCAAAUCCACUCAGAAUCCAACCUGCUCCCUGGUGCAUGUGACAGACUGGUUUUAUGUCACCAGCGAGAUGGAUUAAUGAUUUCAGCAAAAAGCUGGCAUGUUCAAGAGAUUUAAUUUUUUUUUUUUAUGUAACAGUUUUAACCAAAGCUCUACUAGGACACCGCGGAAGCUGAGUUUCACAGGAGAACCAACUUACUAAUAGCCAAUCACUAAGUAGCAGGGAGGGCAAAGCCUUGCUGUUGGUGUCACGACAGCCCAAAGGGGAGGGAAGUGGGUUGGCACAAGCCUCGGUAUCAAUAUUAGGUCGGGAAACUCAGCCAGGCCAGCCAUGCCCUCCUCGCAGCGCCGGUUUGAGGCAGCAGACCAACUCAAUGGUUAAGCCUGGGGGUAUCUGCCCUGCUGCAGGUCCCUGGAAGGCAGCUUGCAGCAUAGCAGACAUUCACAGGAUGCCUUAUUUUUCAAGACUCAUUUUGUUUUUGUUUUGCUUGAUGGUUCUUGUGGAGAGCAGAAAGCCCAAGAAGAGGAGAUGGACAGGGCAGCUGGAAACGUCCAAGCCAAGUCACCUGUAUAAGAAGAACCCCGAUAUGACCAAAAUCCGACAUGGAAAACCUCAGCCACUUCUCAGAGUGGAUGACCACGAUUUCACCAUGAGGCCCGCCUUUGGAGGCCCUGCCAUCCCGGUGGGCGUGGACGUGCAGGUGGAGAGCCUGGACAGCAUCUCCGAGGUGGACAUGGACUUCACCAUGACCUUGUACCUGCGGCAUUACUGGAAGGAUGAGCGGCUGGCUUUCCCCAGUGCCAGCAACAAGAGUAUGACCUUCGACGGCCGGCUGGUGAAGAAGAUCUGGGUCCCCGAUGUGUUCUUUGUUCACUCCAAAAGGUCGUUCAUCCAUGACACCACCACAGACAACAUCAUGCUGAGAGUGUUCCCAGAUGGGCAGGUGCUGUAUAGCAUGAGGAUUACGGUCACCGCCAUGUGCAACAUGGAUUUCAGCCACUUUCCCCUGGAUUCUCAGACCUGUUCUUUGGAGCUGGAAAGCUAUGCAUAUACAGAUGAAGAUCUGAUGCUAUAUUGGAAGAAUGGGGACGAAUCCCUGAAAACGGACGAAAAGAUCUCCCUAUCUCAGUUUCUGAUUCAGAAAUUCCACACCACUUCCAGACUGGCCUUCUACAGCAGCACGGGCUGGUACAACCGUCUGUACAUCAACUUCACGUUGCGUCGCCACAUCUUCUUCUUCUUGCUCCAAACCUACUUUCCCGCCACCCUGAUGGUCAUGCUGUCCUGGGUGUCCUUCUGGAUCGACCGCAGAGCUGUGCCCGCCAGAGUCUCACUGGGGAUCACCACGGUGCUGACCAUGUCCACCAUCAUCACGGGCGUGAACGCCUCCAUGCCCCGCGUGUCCUACAUCAAGGCCGUGGACAUCUACCUCUGGGUCAGCUUCGUGUUCGUGUUCCUCUCGGUGCUGGAGUACGCGGCCGUCAACUACCUGACCACCGUGCAGGAGCGGAAGGAGCGGAAGCUGCAGGAGAAGUUCCCAUGCAUGUGUGGGAUGCUUCACUCGAGAACCAUGAUGCUAGAUGGAAGCUACAGUGAGUCUGAGGCCAACAGCCUAGCUGGGUACCCGAGAAGCCAUAUUCUGCCAGAAGAAGAAAGACAAGACAAAAUAGUGGUCCACCUGGCCCUGAGCAAUGAAUCCAGCUCCUCCAGGAAGAAGGGGCUUCUGAAGGGCCAGGUGGGUCUUCGCAUCUUCCAGAACACCCACGCCAUUGACAAAUACUCCCGGUUGAUAUUCCCAGCUUCCUACAUAUUUUUCAACUUGAUUUAUUGGUCAGUGUUUGCCUAGGGACUCCGAGGCUGUGCCUGGUGAAGGUAACUUCUAGACCCUUGGACUGUCCUGCCUGAUAUGGACAUGUAUGGGGUCUGGCCGGCUGCCCACACGUGGAUCUGCUGACCAUGUCUCCUCACAGACAGAGCAGCAGCUCCUGAACCACCUUGAGCAGCAUCCUGGCCCCUGGAGGACCCCAGGAGCCCUCCAGCUGCCCUUCCCCAGACCUCGUGGGCUUGCUCAUCAUUCCUUCUGUGUUGUGUUCCACUUCUUGCCUCUCUGGGACUGUCUUCUUCUGUUCUUGUGUGUGAAUGAAGGCUCAAAUGCCUUCCAGAUAAAUAUUCUGAGACCCUUAUAAGGCCUGGGAUUCUGUUAUAGAGGAAAGAGGAAAAUGAAAGGCAAGCUUAGGGGCUUUCUUGAUAGGAGACAGAAAAUGAGGAUUCAAAAUGGAAAUGAAAAAAUCUGUAAACUCUACACCUGGAUUAAGUGCCUAUCUAGGAAAGAAGAAAAAGGAAAACUCAGAUCCCAGACAGGAAAUGAUUUGACCUGAGUGAGUCUGGCAACUCCCAUGAUUUUGCAGUAUUAAGGAACAUCAUUCUUUCAUCCAUCCAUUCAGCCACUCACUAAAUACCCACCCUGUGCCAGCGCUUAUUUUUCUCAGCAAUAUGUGACAAUAUGCACUGAAUAUUGCCUACCAGGGAGACACUGCCCAAACUCAUCAAGAUGCAGAGUUUUUUGGGGGGGAUGGCCAUCUGGAUACAGCUGACUCCCCAUAUGGUUGACCUUAGUCUCCCAUUCCUCCAGAGGCUGAGUUGAUAACCCCUCAGCCCAAGACCCCAUCAUAAAUCAAACUUAGCCUAGACCAUCUGGCAUGGCUGUAGGCCCCCAGGUGAACAAAGACCCUCCUAUCAGGCAGGACAGUUCAGCGGUCUAGAAGUUACCUCCCAAGAGCUGGAGGCCAAGGCCCAAAUCUGUCUUUUGUCAAGGUAAUCCUGUACUACACAAUAAUCCUUGUCAAUUCCUCAUUGUUAAUGUGAAUAACUCUGCUUCCAGUCAUUAGAAGAUUCAUGUAACAGACAUUUAAAAACAUCCCUAGAUAUUGGGCUUUCUCGGUGGCUCAGAUAGUAAAGAAUCUGCCUGCAAUGCAGGAGACCUGGGUUUUAUCCCUGGGUUGGAAAGAUCCCCUGUAGAAGGGAAUGGCAACCCACUCUAGUAUUCUUGCCUGGAGAAUUCCAUGGACAGAAGAGCCUGAUGGGCUAUAGUCCAUGGGGUCUCAAAGAAUUGGACACAACAGAGUGUCUAACACUUUCACUUUUUUUCGCUACACUAGACAUAGUGGGAUCCAAAGGAAGAAUAAGACAUAAUUAUAUUUUCACACAGCCCUCAGAGAAAGGACUGGUCAAGGAUGUGAUAUAUGAUUAUGUAUCAUUAAAAAUGUUACACGCAACAAAAAUGGUUCAAUGUGUAAUGGAAACUCUGAGGAAGGAAUGAUUUCCAGUGGAAGACUGAAUCUCAUGGAGAUAACAGCUUCUGAGCUGUUCCCUGAAGGUUGGGGAUCUGGAGAAAAAAUGUUCAUGCCAAGCGCACAUGUAGAAAGUACAUGCUAGAUAUGGGGUUUUCAGUAUGGUAGCCACUGGCCAUGAAUUUAAAUUUAAGUUAAUUAAAGUUAAAAAAACUGAGUUCUUGCCACAUGGCUCUAGCCACAUUUCAAGUGCUCUACUCAAUAGCCAUAUGUGGCCAGUGGCUGUUGCAUUGGAUAGUGCAGAGUUAUAAAACAUUUCCACAGUCACAGAGAGUCUUAUUAGCGCUGCUGUGGAUGGAAGGAUUGGCCUGAGCAAAAAGCUUGAGAGAGGCAGGAUAGUUUGGGAUCGCAGAGUGUAGAGUUUGUGGGGCAAGUCAUCUUUUUUUGCUGGAUCCUAGUUUACGGGAUGGAGAAGGCAAUGGCACCCCACUCCAGUACUCUUGCCUGGAGAAUCCCAUGGAUGGAGGAGCCUGGUGGGCUAAGGUCCUUGUAGUCACUGGGAGUCGGGUGCGACUGGGCGACUUCACUUUCACUUUUCACUUUCCUGCAUUGGAGAAGGAAAUGGCAACCCACUCCAGUGUUCUUGCCUGGAAAAUCCCAGGGACGGGGGAGCCUUGUGGGCUGCCAUCUCUGGGGUCGCACAGAGUCAGACACGACUGAAGCGACUUAGCAGCAGCAGCAGUUUGCGGGAAGAGAUGAGAGAUGCGCCAUUUCUGCAACACUAGGAGUCACGGCAGGCCCCCCAACCUCUCCUCCCACACCCAUGCUGAUGGGGACAGCGUCCCCUCCACGUAGUUGCCUGGCCCAAGACCAGUGGCUCUCCCAGCCUUGUAAACAAAUGAAGAAUGAAGGUACGUAAAGAAGGAAAUUGCAUGGUACAGGGCAUCUGGAAAUGUUUAGAAACCUAUACUCUCUGGAGACUCUCUAGGCCACACUGCUGCUCAAAGAAUAAUAAUUACAUUGUCAUUAAAAAUACAUCCUGUUGCUCUAGUUGUCAUAUUUAAUUUCAACAGUGCUUGACUUCUGACCACGUUGUCUUCAUAAAUGGAAGCUCCUAUAGCAUGGUGGGCUGUUCACACUUAACAAAAAUAAAGAUGUAUUUUAA